AUGAAGCUCGCCAGCCAUCUCUCCGAAUUCGCUAUUCUCAGCUCCUUUAUAACUUCGACUGUCACCGCCCGGACGCUUGGUGCUCGCGACGAUGCCUCGAACGCAAACAAGACCGCCAUCAACUGGGGGCCUUGCGAUGGUAUCAACUCGAGCGCCCCGAUCCAAUGCGCCAGCAUCCCUCUCCCGAUAGACUAUUCGAACAGCUCGUGCGGCAAGACCUUUGAGCAGCCUCUGCUCAGGGUGCCAGCCAGCAAUGGUAAAUCCAAGGGGAGCAUUCUGCUCAACUUUGGCGGUCCUGGCGCGGAAGCCAUGGAGUCGCUGGCAAAAAUUGCGCCGACGCUGCAGAUCAUGAGUGGCGGGUACAAUGACCUUAUUGCAUUUGAUCCUCGCGGCACCGGGAAAAGCCUCAACUUCACGUGCUUCGUCAGCGCAGCCGACAAGGCCACUGUGCUGAUGAGAACCCCGCCGAUCGGAGGCAACUCCUCGGACGUGGCGGACGGCUUCCUCUGGGCCCUCACGGGCAUGUGGGCGGAGAACUGCUACGACAGCGGCAAGGACACGGGCAGGUUCCUCGGCACGGCGUACGUGGUCCGCGACAUGAUGAACAUUGUCGACGCGCUCCAGGAGGACGGGCUGCUGCGGUUCUGGGGCUUCUCGUACGGCACCACGCUCGGCGCCACCGCGGCGGCCAUGUUCCCCGACAAGAUCGACAGGAUGGUGCUCGACGGCGUGCUCAACCCGCACGAGUACUUUAACGGAUUCGAAGAGGAGCAGUUCGCCGCCACAGACGCGACCUGGACCGCCAUGUUCAAAGCCUGCGUCGCCGCGGGACCAGAGAAGUGCGCCCUCGCCCGCCGCAACGCCACCGCCUCGGAGCUCGAGGAGGCGACCUACACCCUGAUCGAGACCCUCAAGCGGGAUCCCAUCUACUACAAGACCUCCAUCGUCGACUACAACUUCAUCAAGAACGUCAUCGUCGAGUUCCUCUACACCCCAUCCGGCUGGCCGCUGCUCGUCGCCGCCCUCGACACCCUCCUCCCCGGCAGCGGCGGCCUCGACCCAAAGAUCAUGGACGCGGUGAUCGGCGCGAUGGCGUCGGCGGCGCCCUCGUCCGAGGCCCUGCUCGACGGCAACUUCGGCAUCAAGUGCGGCGACAAGCACAACCGCUUCGCGGCGCUCGCCGGCGCGCGGCCCGUGCUCGCGGAUCUGCGCACCCGGAGCCGCCUACUGGGCGACGUGCUCGACAUGGUCACGCUGCAGUGCGCCCGCUGGCGCAUGGACGCGGCGGAGCGGUACGAGGGCGACUUCGUGGCCAAGACGCGCGAGCCGGUGCUCAUCGUGGGCAACUCGUUCGACCCGCUCACGCCGCUCGUCUCGGCCAAGAACGUGAGCGCAGGCCUGGAAGGGAGCGUGGUGCUCGAGCACAAAGGAUUCGGGCAUGCUUCGCUUGCCAUGUUCUCGAGCUGCACAGCGGCCACGACGGCGGCCUACUUUGUCAACGGCACGAUGCCCAAGGUGGGCGCGACCUGCGAGGUCGACACGCCGCUGUUUGACCCGCCUCCUACUGGGGCAACGCGACGGAGCGAGAUCGAUGCCCAGUCCAUCUUUGCUAGGAACGUCAGGCCCCUGCGCCAGUUCUGA